UUUCACCGCGAGGUUAAUAGUUAUAAUUUAUUAGCUUUAUCAUCAUCAUACCAAAUAAUAUUUUUUGUCUCCUGAUUCAUGAGUCCUGGACACGUGUGAAAUAUUGAAAUUCUAAAUUAUUAAGUCUUGUUACUUCUGAUUUUAUUUUCAAAUUUUCGAAAACUGAAGAAAUAUGGACAUUGAUAAAAAAGAAUAUGUUGAAGCUCCGUCAACAAGUACUGGUAGAGGUGUUGUAGAAAAAAAAAGAUUUGAAGUAAAGAAGUGGAAUGCUGUUGCUUUAUGGGCUUGGGACAUUGUCGUGGACAAUUGUGCCAUUUGUCGUAAUCACAUUAUGGAUUUAUGUAUCGAAUGUCAAGCCAACCAAACAACAACAUCUAGUGAAGAAUGUACAGUUGCAUGGGGCGCGUGUAAUCAUGCUUUUCAUUUUCACUGCAUAUCUCGUUGGUUAAAAACUCGUCAAGUAUGCCCACUUGACAAUAGAGAAUGGGAAUUCCAAAAGUAUGGUCAUUAAUAGAAAAAAAUUUGAAAUAAAAUUUUAAUCUACAUUUUUUUCAUCUCUCAUAUGAGUAAUAAAAAUUUAAGUAUUAUCAAAAUCUCACUAAAAUUAAUAUUUAUAAAAAAAUAUUGAAUAUCAAUAGUAGAAUUUCCUUCAUAGUUUUCAUAUCAAAC